CCUCGUGCACCCCGUCGCCGCCGCUCUUCUCGGUCGCCGUCCCCUACCUCAAAACCUCGACAACGCCCGGACAAAACAACCAAACCGGACAAACUAAUUCGCGCAAACAACCCCACCUCGCGCAGAGGUUCGCCUGCACCUGCCUCAGGUUACAACUCAGAUACGUCAAAAGAGAAGAACAAGGAAGAUAAGAUGAGGGGAGCGAACCACUACCAAGGCCGCGGUGGGCCUGGCUUUCAACAUUCUCCACCAUACCCUGCACAUAACCAAUACCCUCCUCAGGGCCAGUCACCUUACCAUGGCGGUCGGGGAGGAUGGAGUGGGCAGCAAUACUCCAACCAAGGGUAAGCUCCAACUCCAUAACUUUUUAUCGUGUGCUAACGCUUAGCAGCUCUCCCAUGCAAGGCUACUCGCCAAACCAAUCGCCAUAUAAUCAAAACCAACAAUCACCUGGAUACUAUCAACAUCAGUCAUAUCCCGCUCAACAUGGUUUCCAGAAUACCCCCUAUCGAGGAGGUCACGGUGGCUUCCGUGGGAAUCACUUCAAUGGUCCUGAUAGGCGGUUGUCGGGCCCUGGCGCAAAUGCCCCAUUUGGAGCGCAGGGCGGCCGAGGUCGCGGUGGAGCGCCCACACAGUUCUCAAAUCUGUCGUGGACGCCAGCCUCUGGGACGCGAGGCGGCCGACCGGCCACCGAGGCACCACGCCCACAGCCUGCCCCGGCAGCGUCCACCGAGGCUGCAGCCGUCGAUGCUGACGACAAUCCAUUUCGUCCUUCGAAAGACCUGCGCGUAGAAGAUGAAGGCCCCAAAGAAGAGAAGAUAGCACCACCGAACAAAUCUUCCGCUGCUUCUCUGGCACAGCCAAAGUCAGGCUUCAGUUUCUCCCUCAAGACAAAGAAUCCAGUGCCUCCGGCUAGUAAGGCUAAGCUUGGACUGGAAGAACCCGAGAAGCCAGAAGUAUCAACUAAGGAGUCUCUGCUGGCCCCUAAAACGAAAGAGGCGUUAGCUCGCGAAUCCGCAUCACGCUAUCCUUCGGAAUCAAGAGGUGACCGGGACCGCGAUCCUCGGGAUAGGGACUAUGAUCGAGACCGGAACCACGAUCGUGACCGAGAUUACCGUGACAGGGACCGCCGAUUCGAUGAUUACUAUGAUCGAAAGCCCGCUUACAGAGAUCCUCGCGAUAGAGACCCGCGAGAUAUACGCGACCCGCGAGAUACAUAUUAUCGUGACAGAGAACGGGAUUAUAGGGACCCACGGGACCGAGAUGUACGCGAUCUGCGCGAUGCUCGAGAUAUACGUGAUGGAAGGGACCGAGAUCCGCGGGACCUGCGUGACCCACGAGACGCUCGAGAUAUUCGAGAUAGAGAUCGCAGAGACCCUUACCCGCCUCGGCGACCGGAGCCGCGGCCUGACACUCGUCUUGGUGCUCGACCAGAACGGCGAACACCUCCACCCGAAGUACCAAAGACGAAAAUCAUUAAGAAGAAGCGAAUGAAGCCUCGACCAACACUCACCCCUGAGCAUGCGGCCUCAGACUCUGUAUACUACCGGAAACCGGGUAACGAAUCUGUGGUAGGCGCAGGUACAUUCGGCAAAGUCUUCAAGGGUAUACAUGUCUAUACAAAGGACAUGGUGGCUCUGAAGAAAAUUCGUAUGGAGGGCGAGCGCGAUGGUUUUCCCAUUACUGCUAUCCGAGAAAUCAAACUUCUUCAGUCUCUCAACCAUGACAACGUUGUCAAGCUACGAGAAGUCAUGGUCGAGAAGAAUGACUGCUUCAUGGUCUUUGAGUACCUUUCUCACGACCUUACUGGUCUGCUAAAUCACCCGACCUUUAACCUCGAACCAUCCCACAAGAAGGAUCUUGCGAAACAGCUCUUCGAGGGCUUGGACUACCUUCACCGCCGUGGCGUAUUACAUCGCGACAUUAAAGCGGCAAAUAUCUUAGUAUCUAAUACAGGCCAAUUGAAACUUGCGGAUUUCGGACUCGCACGGUUCUAUGCGAAGAGCAGCAAGCUCGACUAUACCAACCGCGUUAUAACCAUCUGGUAUCGCUCACCCGAACUUCUACUGGGGGAAACGCAGUACGGACCCGCAGUCGACAUCUGGUCAGCAGCAUGUGUACUUGUGGAGAUCUUCACUCGACACGCCAUCUUCCCGGGCGAUGGAGGCGAGAUCAAUCAGCUUGACAAGAUCUACAAUGUUCUCGGCACUCCAACAGUGCAAGACUGGCCUGGCAUCGUCGACAUGCAGUGGUUUGAACUGCUUCGCCCUACCGAACGGAAGCCUUCAACCUUUGAAGAGAAGUACAAAGAUAGGGUCAGCCCAAUGGGAUUCGAGCUGCUGCAAGCCAUGUUCCUAUACGACCCUACUGCGCGGCCCACCGCCGCGGAUGUGCUCGAGCACCCCUUCUUCACAAGCGAGGCACCCGUUCCCCGGCGUGCGGAAGCACUGAAGGAGUUGGAGGGUGAUUGGCACGAGUUUGAAAGCAAGGCGCUCAGGAAGGAGAAGGAGAAGCACGACAAAGAAACGCGGCGGGCGGCAAGAGAGGAAACAGCGAAGAAAGAUGAGGGCAAACGCAGGGCCGACGCGUCACUAGGAGAGGAGCGAGAGACAAAGCGUGCGAAGAGUGGUGACGUGACGGUAUAGUCUGCCGAUAGACUGUUAGCGGGCGCACGUUGUUUGUAUGAGUAGAUACUCCCCGUAGGCCACAACGCCUCAAGUCAAGGAGAA